UGUUGAACUCAUGUUAUAACCUCACUGAUUGGAAUCUGAGUUACCCAGUCCAUUCAUCAGUACUUGCGCCGAAGUUCGUCCUCAUCUACAGAAGCCCACGUGACAUCCCCUUACCGAGAGGUCCCGUAACACUUUCAACACCCUAAAGAUGAGUUCUUCGAACGUUCGCUCCCCUGCUGCAAGUGUAGCCGGAGGAUCUCGACCUGCUGCCCAAACGACCAGCCGCCCCCCACCAACCAUCGCUACCGCCAUGGACGUCGACAGUGACGACGACGAUACUCCAACGACUAGGCCACCUGCCUUUAAGGCAGCCAAGCCCGACAACUACUAUGGCGAGCGAGAAAAAUACGACGACUGGGUCAAUCAAAUGAACCUUUACUUCCUUAUGAACAGUGUCCCCGACGACAAGAAAACAUUGUUUGCAACGACUUACCUUCGAGGACGUGCUCAACAUUGGAUGAAGCCUCACCUUACCACGUACCUACGAGGAGGACCAAACAACGAUCCAAACGAACUAUUCGCGAACUGGACACGUAUGGAAGGAGUAAUGAGAACAUUCUUUUCGAUCUCUAACGAAACAUCUAUGGCCGAACGAAUCAUUCAAGAUAUCAGACAGAAAGGGUCUGCAGCUGACUAUGCAGCUAAGUUCCAACAACAUGCUCAACUUACAGAAUGGAACGACGAAGCCCUUAUGCCAAUGUUCAAAAGAGGACUGAAACCCCAAGUCAAGGAUCAUCUGAUCAUGAUCGAACAACAACCGCAGACGCUGGGACAACUAAUUACAGCCUGUGUGGAAAUCGAUGAUCGACAAUGGGAACGCAACAUCGAAAGAAAGAAUGAAGGACGUCGUGGAGGACCAAUCAAUUACGAACGACGCGAGCACGCGUAUCGACCACCUCCACAACGACGCGAUCCAAAUGCAAUGGAUUGGGAGUACAACAACGUACAGCACCCCAGAAGGCACAAAGGCAAGAAGAUCUCCAGCAAGACAUAUAAAGGUAACACGAAGAAGACAACGGAAUGUUGGACCUGCGGAAAACAAGGUCACAUGUCCAAGGACUGCAGAUCGAAGAAUAAGGUGCAUCGAUCUACGAGUCAAAAUGCUCACCAAGUCAACAUGAUCGAAGGAUGGUUCCCUCGACGACGACCCGGAGUAAGAUCAACAAGGAAACUCCGCGAGACAUUUUGGAAUAUCGAGAAGGAACAGCCGACACAAGGAACCAAGAACGACAAACCAGAGACGAAACUGGAAGAAGCAGUGGACACCGCUACAAGAUUAUACGGUAUGGCGAUGGACGAAACGAACGCCACGAAGCCAGAACAUGUUCAGAAGAUCAUCGAACAUGAAUUAACGACGGUCCUUGAAGUCUUAGGAAAGACUACGGCAACCAGGAAGGUGCACCAGCUCACAAAGGAAUUGAUGGAGCUUGACCUUGACCUAUUCAUCCACGUUCACACGAACAGCCCACACGACGAACAGCUAUACAAGAAGCUAGAAGAAAAGAUUGACGCUUACUCAAGGAAAGACAGAGAACUGGAAAUCAACGAUGAAGAAUUCUGGAAUAUCGAACUAGGACCAGAAUCAUCGGAUGAGGAAGACGACAUCAUUAUCAAGGACUCGCUGCAACCAAUCGUCGAAAUACUUAACGCACAGCAAGACGAAAUCAUCAACAAUCAAGGAGUCAUGAAUGUCGACAAAUUCGAUUUAUUCCUCGACACAGUACGACGAAGGUUUUGGGAUUGGCCAGACAAAGUAUGCAAUCCAAUCAACCUCGCGAAUGUACUGACGGAAAGACCACCGCUCGGAAGCCAUUUUUCCGAUGGAGGGUACACAACCCCCGAAGGAGUUACAGUACCGCGCAGGAUGCGAGAACAGAUCCUGGCGCUACGACGAAUAUACCGCGACUACCACAACAAAGUUACUACGGCAACACGAGACGAUCUACUCAACGACAGUGUGACGAUCGACGAGCUGGAGCAGAUCUUUCCGCGAACACUAUCACAGAACAAGCCUGCACGGGAAUGGACCGCAGAGCUAUAUCCAGGAAUAACAAUCUCUACGAAAGGACACAUACGCGCAAUCAAGACGGGAGACACAAUCACUAUCGUCCCAAAAGACAUAACAAGCGGACCCCUUUACUGGGAACUCAACAACAUCGAAGCUCCCAAGAAACAAGUCUUCAUAACGGAAUGCAAGAUUAACGGUAAGAAAACAGCGGUACUUAUUGACAGCGGAGCAAGCAGGAACUUCAUGUCAUACCGAUAUAUGAUACAGAAUCAUAUUACGACGACCAGAAAGCCUCAGGAGGAGAGCUAUAGUCCGACGGGACCUGGCGGAGAUAAAUUCUCAAGAGUGGACAAGGAGACCGUACCUGUGUCCAUGGUCUUACAGCAGCACUACGAGGACCUAGUCUUCGAUGUCUUCAGCAUGGCCAGCCACGACAUCGUCCUAGGGUAUCCUUGGCUUGUACGACACAACCCAACGAUCGAUUGGAAGAACGGAGUACUCAAAUUCAGAGAUUGUGAACAUGUCACCACAAUCGCGCCCGGAACGCCUGACGAAUAUCAGACUACGGAUGAGAGCGAAGAAUUCAACAACGCAGAAUCAAACUCGAAACGGAUAGGGAAAACCCUACCAACUGGACACUCGACUGGACCUACGAAGUCAGCGACUGGAAUCAGACAGGCAAGAACUGACAACCUUGUCGAUAUCCCGGAAGAACCUUGGGACCACAAGAUCCCGUUGGUACCGAAUGCGAAGAUACCCUUCGGACCACUUUACAAACAGUCAGCCUCAGAGCUAGCUACUCUGAAAGAAUGGAUUGACAAGAUGCUGAGAAAAGGCUGGAUUCGGAAGUCUACAUCUCAGGCAGCAUCACCUACGAUCCAAGUACCCAAGAAGAACGGUACAUCAAGGACGGUGAUCGACUUCAGGAAACUCAACGCGGUAACGAUCAAAAACCGAUACCCAUUGCCCAACAUUGACGAAGCCAAAGAUCGACUAAUUGGAGCCGAUUGGUUUUCGAAGAUCGACUUGCGAGAUGCUUUCUAUGCUCUACGCAUGGCGGGAGGCGAAGAAUGGAAAACGGCGUUUAGAACACGUUACGGGCUUUAUGAGUUCAUGGUGAUGCCAAUGGGGCUAACCAACGCACCGGCUUCAUGCCAAGAACUCAUAAAUGAGACGCUGAAGGAUUUGCUAGACGAAUGCGUCAUAGCAUAUAUCGACGAUAUACUCAUAUUCAGCAAAGGGACUCUUGACGAUCACAAGGAAGAUGUCAAGAAAGUACUAACAAGGCUUUCGACUGUGGAUUUCAGGACAGCACCCGAGAAGUGCGAAUUCCACGUCAAGAAAAUCGAAUUCCUCGGAUUCAUUAUCGAACCAGGAAGAAUCUCGAUCGACCCGAAAAAGAUCCAAUCUAUCACGACAUGGCCUACACCGAAUUGUGUCAAGGAUGGAAAGGAACAGCAACAAGCCUUUCAGCAGCUUAAGGACGCUUGCGCUGCGAAACCAGUACUACAAUUAUUUGACCCCGAGAAAGAAGUCAUUCUUGAAACAGACGCAUCAGAUGCGGCGAUCGGAGCAUGCCUAACCCAGGAGCACAAAGGAAAGCGGCAUCCUGUGGCAUACUACUCCAGGAAAAUGACACCAGCUGAACAAAACUACGACAUCCACGACAAGGAGCUGCUAGCUAUUGUCGCUUCUCUACGACAUUGGAGAAUAUACUGCUUUGGAGCAAAGAAGCUAACGAUCUAUACGGAUCACAAGAACCUUCUCUUCUUUACGACAACAAAGGAACUGACACGACGACAGUCCCGCUGGUCGGAACUGCUCGGCGAGUAUCAGUUCGAGAUCAAGUACACACCAGGAAAAGAGAACGGACGAGCUGACGCACUUAGCAGAAGAGUGGAUUACAUGGACGAAAAGUCACACGAAAAGAAGAGUAUACUAAUCGUCAACCAGGACGGAUCCCUGAGCGGGAACUUCCAAGAGUUUAAUCACGUACUCGCAAUACUACGAGACGACAAAGAAGAAUUCCCCAUAUCGCACGGGAAAUAUCAAGUGCCAGAACGACAGAUUGAGGACUGCAUCAAAGAACACCAUGAUGCGCCGAUCAAUGGGCACCCAGGAGUCACGAAGACGAUCAAUCUCAUUAAGAGGAACUUCGAGUUCAGAGAUAUGAGAUCAAGGCUCCCAGGAUCAAAGGACGAAGUUACAGGAACGACAUUCGACUCGAUACUCGUCGUUGUCGACAAACUUACGAAAUACAGCCACUUCGUGCCAUGCAAGGAAUCCAUGACAGCCGUUCAACUUGGAACGCUACUGGUCGACAGAAUCGCCAGAUACCACGGGAUACCAGAGUCGAUAACAUCAGACAGAGACAAGCUCUUCACAUCGAAUUACUGGAAGACAUUCGCAGGGAUGCUCGGCAUCAAACAGAAGAUGAGCACGGCAUUCCAUCCACAGACUGAUGGACAAACAGAAAGAAGCAAUCAGACGCUUGAACAGUACCUACGCCACUACAUUAACAUGGCACAGAACAAUUGGGUACAGCUACUGCCAGUCGCGCAGUUAGCACUAAACAACCACGUCUCGGAAACGACGGGUGUGUCACCAUAUAGAGCAAAUUUUGGAAGAGACCCAAAUAUGAACAUUCGAAUACUCGACAAUCCUAUGUCAGAAAAAGGAAUAUGGGACACCAAUGAAUUGAAAAACGCAGCACAACAACUACAAGAAAACAUCAAAAUUCAACAAAAGGCAAUAUUGAAAAACAGAAAAACCAGAAAUAAUCCUCAGCUUAAAAAGGGGGAUAAGCCGAUCCGUCAAUACCAAUACAGAAGACGUUCCACCACGAGAUCCAAGAAGAAACAGAAUUCGAAGUCGAGAAAAUUCUACGACAAGAAGGUCAGCGAUUCCUCAUCAAAUGGAAAGGAUACCCAGACUCAGAAAACACAUGGGAACCGCUGGAAAACCUACGAUACUGUCAGGAACUGCUCACGAAGUUCCGGCGACACCAAAAGAAUUGAAAAAGGAAUCCCACUCCGACGGAUUGAAAACCGACUCGGAAGGAACCGUCUCGACGCCAGCAACGUCGAGGACAGCGUCGGAAGAAGGCUCCUCUUCUUCCCUCAGCUCGCGAUCAGCGACCGCGAUCGAAGCAGCCGCGCGAUCGUUGAGUUGAGAAAUUUGAGCUUUUAUGCGACGGCGUUUUGCUUUCAACAGCAAAAUGGCCUCCUCAGAGUCGUCAAGUUCUUUCUGCAGCUUUUCACGCUCAGAUUUGAUGGUUCGCCACUCGGAAGCAGUGACGCGGACGUCGCAACGAGAAGCGUUGGAACGAAGACACUCGAGGCAACGACCCGACGAAAUAUGGACCUUGCACACCAGACGUUGUUCCCGGCAACGAGAACACUUCACCGGCAUUUCCUCUCCAAAGGAUUCAACUUGCUCGCACAAGGCGCGGCGACGAAGGGUGGAAGAUGUUCUGGGAGCGCGCGGCAUGGUGGAAGAAAGAUAGUUGCGAGGACGCAACUGAAGGAAGAAGGAGGGGUGGUGUUACGAGCUACGCCCUGCACGAUCAUUACUAAGCUGACGGCCUCGACGGGUGACACGGGAGUCACGUAGGAUACGGGCUUCACGGUGUGCACGGUCGGCGCGCCGGUCACGUGACGUGAUCUGUUGAUCUGUUGAUCUGUACAGAUCCAACAGAUCCACAGAUCCACGUCCGAAUACAUGCGAUGCGGCGCA